UCACGUGAGUGAGGUGGUCUGUUUGCUCGUCGAAUGACGCAAAACCAACAGGAAUCGCAGUCCGAACUAGAUGAAACGGAUGAAACCUCCGAAACCUCAGUUCUCUUGCUGUCACAGGUUUCAGAAUUUUUUCCAGGUAACUCUACCUCGGAGAAAGUCCGUGUAACCGCGAAGACAUUACGUGCACGUGACAAUCCAGAACGUGAAACGAGCAGUCAGCGCCGCCUAACUGGACGAAGGAGAAAGACGAGGUACAAGUUUGCUGUAUACGUUGUCUACAUCAUUUUGCUUCUCACUCAUCUUGGCAGCUUUGUUCUCAAUGCCGUUUUCUAUUGGUGGUGCUUAUACAAAGACCGAAGUUCUAUUGUGAAAUGCUCUAACUUUACGUUGUAUGAAAACCCUUUGGUUGUAGAUUCGGUUUGGGCUGCAUCAAAGGUACCAAUUGGAUUACUGGCAACCAUAUGGAUAACGAAGACAGACACAUACAGAGGAAUGCGCUAUGUGUGGAAAACAAUGAAGUCUGUGCCAAGAUUUUGGAGUUUGCUGUUAUUGCUUGUCUUCAGCUGUGUAUACAGCAUUAAUGAGAUCGUCACUGGUCUGCUGACACAGGAAAAUCCUUCAGUUCAUUUCUUUAUUUUUGAGCUUUUAGAAAAGGUGGUAUUAUUUCCUUUACCAUGUCUCCUCAACUGUACAAAGGCCCCCAGAGAGUACCUGUUUAGAAUUGAAUAUUAUCUUUACACUGCCACUCUUGUGAUACUUGUGACAGACAACAUGUUCGAAACAGUUGCCUCCAGUCUUCUCGGUGCAUUCAAAUUGGCGACAAUUCCAAACAGUGAGAGCGACCAUGCCACCUUAAUCAACUUGGUUCUAAUGAUUGCUAACGCGGCAUACAGAAAAGUUUUGUGGGAUUUCUACUGGCUAAAGUUGUGGAAAGGAGACAGAAAUCUUUUUGGGACUGUUUACCCUUCACUACCUCUUAGUUGAUACAUUAAAUAGUUUCUGAACUAAAUUAAGUUAAUAUAUGAUGCAUCUUUGGAAAAGAAACUGCUGUUGCUAUA